UUCACUCAUAUUUAUUGUUUUAUUGUUUUGUUUAAUUAUCAGUGAAUCUUCCCUAUGCUCGUGAUUUCGAGAGCCAUAGGUUUACCUGGAAGCCGCUACUAGAACCUCCUCCUCUAUCUCUCGAGGAGAACCGAGGCCACACGCUCUUCUCCCCUUUCUCUUCCUUCCUCGUCCUCCCCCCUAAGCGUCUUAAUUUUCCGUUCACUCGAUUUCUCCUCUCCCCGAAACGUGGCGAUCGCGAUCGAGCACAGCUGUUAGUCGCGUAUGCACGCGUCGCGCGCGGUACACGUGGUCGCUUUUUAUGCACAAAUUGAAAUGCACGAGUGAAAAAUCAGAUCGGAUUAUAAAGUCGCGAAGGCAGAUCCGGCCGCGCGGAUUUUCGAGUCAACAUUUUUCACUCAUGUGUGUGUGUGAUGCGAUUCUUAAUUAUAGAUAAACACUGGUGCUUGUCUGAUUGUGAUAAAUGAUGACGUGCGCUGUGUUUUCUCACCUGCAGAUUUUUCCGUCGAGAUCCCGGCGGACUUUUAGCUCUUGAUUCCUGAUAACCAAUUCCUCCGGAUGCGUCCGGAUUGCGGUUAAACUGCUCACUCUGUGACGUAUGACUCGCAGCUAGAUCUUGUUUUUUCUCAGUUGUAAUUUGUUACAGAGAAUAACUUAGAUGAUUUUUACUUUAUUAUGACUUUAUUACAAACAAGGUAACAAAGUGCGUCUCUUUACGGAAGCCAGAAAUUUUACCUUAAUGAGAAUUAAUUUCUAAUUCUUAUUUGUGUUCACCAUUAAUUUUUUCAUAUAUGCUGGAACUUCUUUAAUGAAAUGUAUAAAUAAAUAGAAAAGUAAUGUGAGAAAUCGAAUUGGAAUCUCUAAAACCUCGUGUAAGAUGAUAGAUGAUGACAAACGAUUAAUCAAAGUAAAAGAAAAAGAUCCAACGAGAGAGUGAAAGGCGAAGAACCAGAGCAGAAAUUGUCGGUCCACACGUACUUGUUUACCUUUGCUACUCGAGGAACACUUCGAAAUCAACGCGACGACAUUCACUGCCUGCCCCGUCCACUUCCCGGGUCAAAAUCUCGAUGCGAAAUCUCGAGGCGAUCGCUCGCAUCCUCCGCAGCAAGACCAUGAGAAGCAACAUGGCAGACCAGAAGCAGCCUGAGAACUCGAGAACGGGUCAAUCGCGCAGGAGAACCUGUCAAGAGCACGGCGACGAGGACUGCCCGAGCGAGAACGAGCGUGAGUUCGAGUCGCUCGAGUACGAGGAGGAUGUCUAUUACUCCAAGUUGACGACCACGCCGAGCUUCGACGACAUCGAUGAGGUUGGCGACGGCGUGGACGAACUGGUGGUGCACUGCUGGCGCGAUUCUAACGGCGAGAUCGACGAGAUCGUCGUGGACGACGGCAAUCUAACCAUAGAAACAGAGUUCGUGCCGGAAGGGUCAGGGUCACGUGAUUGUGGUAGCGGAGGCGGUCGCAGGAAACGGCGGUCGGUGCGCGUGAUUUUCCAGGAUCUGUCCAAGCCCUAUCUCGCUAAGAUCAGCAACAGCCAGAAUUACAAGAAGUUCCUCGAGCUGGUAAAAGGAGAGGACGCCUCGCUCCACUCGACCGGCUCCUUGUCACCUACAUCGGAUAACGUGGCGAAUGAGCUGCAAGGUCUGUCCUUGGAGGAGCAAGAACGCCAGAAGGCCGAAUGGAGCGCCGAGCUGGCGAAGGUGGAGGAGGAGAUACAGACCCUGAGACACGUCCUCGCCAGCAAGGUCAGGGUCGCGCAGGAGCUGAAGAGGAAGCUGGGCAUUAGCGUGUGGAAGGAGCUCACCGAUGACGUCAAUCAGGGCCUCAAGAACGUCAAGGAGAGUCACGUUUAUCAGAACGUCGGCGAGAAACUCGGUCAGUUUACCAAGGCAGUCUCCGAGAACACUUUAUUUCAAAAGACAGAGUCCGUCUUCAAGACCACGGCUGAGAAAACGUCGAGUAUCCUGGGUGGCUUUGGUAGCGGAAUUUCCAUGAAGUUGGGCCAGAUGCGCAACUCCGACAGCUUCCGAUCCUUGGAGGAGAGGGUCGGGUCAGCUUACGAAAAUGUCAAGACAAAAGUCGUGCCUUCAAGGUCCAACUCGACGCAGAGCUUCGACGAGGCCCUUCGGGAGUCCGAGGCGAUGAGGCGCGCAUCUGCAGCUCCGACAGCCACCAGCCCGACCAUUCCCGAGGACAAGCUGCUCUCUUAGAGCCCGUCGCACGCUGCGAAACGCGCCCCGUCCAUCGCGCGCUCCUACUGCUGAUAACGCGUCGCGCUAUAUCACCGUUCAUCCGCUGCAAUCGCUAAUAGAGGGCCAAACGACGUAUCUGUGCACGCGAGUCGCCGACACCGCGGAUCGAGACCUCGGCCGCGAGACGAGCACGAUCGUCCAAGUACUAUUCUAUCCUAUCGAAUAAAAUAUACAUAUAUUUUUCUCACACGGCAUUCCCACGCCCUAUACUCUCGCAGGAUCUUUCUCCGGGCACGUUCAGGACAUCUUUAGAAGCGGAAAGUGCACCUCGCGACUUUUAUAUCGUUUUUCUCGACGACGAUCGCUCGAAAGGAGACCAUUUCUCCAAUAAUAAAAUCGCCUUCGACUUUUCUCUCUCUCUCUAUCUAUCUAUCUCUUUCUAUAAUACAAUUGUGAUGUAAAUAUAAUAAAAUAUUAUGCGCCAGGCUUGAAUUCGGAGCUUAUUACUUGUUUAUACACGCGGCAUUCACUGGAACAAAGUAUUUCGAUAAUUAUGAAUUAUUUUUAACAAUGGAAGCAGCAGCGAUAAAAUUGCGGUGAAACUCGCGACGCGAUUUCUGAUUAUUUUCAUGACUGUACAAUGUGCAAUUUCUAAUCGUUUUUCUCCUCAAUUUGAGUAACUAAAUAGUCACUGCAUCAAGUGAGUUUAGAGAUCACGUAGACGAAUUACACGAGUUUGUUUUUGCAUGUAUCUGUUACCUUUUUCCCCCGGCGCCUCGGAAUUUUAUCGUGAAUUAUCGGUGUCCUGAAUCGACUUAAAUCGGAGCUGCCAAACGAGUUUAAGUAUCUUCAACGAUUCGCGACGAGACCCGUCCGCCGACAAUACUACUACACGUACUUUACACUGUAUACAAACGAUACUUCUCACUUGUACGCAAACCUAAUUAGCGAGCAAACCGUUCUGAGCGCAUUCGGAUUCAGUCUGCUUAGAAGGCAAGCCCGAUCGGAGUCUCGAGGAAUAUUAAACGCUUUUCGUCUUCUCUUGAAGAUGAUCACAAAAAAUUAAAGUUAAAAAAUUACGAAAAAUUUAUCUAAGAUAUAAGCGAGUAAAAUUUAUUGUAAACAAUUACAACCGAGUCAUGAUGGUUGAAGAGGAAUUGGUAAACAUUGCAAAUAAUCUGUAUCCAAAGUCUUCGCGAAAAAUCGGAAUCUUCUAAAUUAUGUUCUCUAUAUGUCCUUUCUACAUGUUCGAAUUUAAAGCAGCAUUUAAAUAUUCUAUUUCUAACUCUAUUACUCACCCUGUAUAUGACAGAUAUUCGAAAAAGGAAAUUCCUCGCGACUCUCGAUUUUACAAAUGGAUAUUUUUUCAAGCGCGCGGAUAAUCUAAUGUUGAAUUAGCAGGAAAAUCCGAGAGAUAUUUUGUAUUUAGCUUUUUGAAGAGAAGAAAAAAGUAAAAGAAGAAACAAAACCAUCGGAGACACACGGUUUGUUAACAUAUAUCGUCUAAGGAAGAAACAUAAUGACUUUACACGCAAAUUUACGGAGCAUUUGUAUACACACGAUGUUACAAAUAAAAACUAUAUUAUUUAAUCUUA